AACGACGCCCGCCUCCUCACGAUGGACUCCCUAAUCGACCUCUCCGACGCGUCCAAGGCGCUCGACCUCUCGCGCAUCCGCUUCCAGCUCAUCCGUCUCGAGGACACCAUCACCUUCCACCUCAUCGAGCGCGUGCAGUUCCCCCUCAACAGUAACAUCUACAUCCCGGGCGCUGUGCCCAUUCCCGGCUCCGACCUGUCCCUCAUGGACUGGUACCUGCUCGAGCAGGAGAAGCUGCAGUCCCUCAUCCGCCGCUACGAGUCUCCCGACGAGUACCCUUUCUUCCCCGUCUCCCUCAACAAGCCCAUCCUCCCCUCCAUCGACUACCCGCGCAUCCUGCACCCCAACGACGUCAAUGUCAACGACAAGAUUAAGGCCUUCUAUAUCGACACCUUUUUACCGCGUGUAUGUCCUUCCUUCGGCCACGGCGAUAGGGGCGUGUCGGCCGAGAACUACGGCAGCAGCGCUACCUGCGAUAUCGCGGUGCUGCAGGCCCUGAGCAGGCGGAUCCACUUUGGCAAGUUUGUCGCGGAGAGCAAGUUUCAGAGCGAGAGGGAGAAGUACACGGCAAUGAUCAAGGCGGGAGAUACCCAGGGAAUCGGUGAGGCCAUUGAGAACAAGGCGGUAGAGAAGCAGGUCCUGGAGAGGCUAAAGCUCAAGGCCGAGACCUACGGCACAGAUCCCUCGGUGAAGGAUGCCACUCGCGCCGAUCAGAGCAAGAUCAACGUGGAUGCCGUGGUAGCUAUGUAUAAGGACUUUGUGAUACCUCUUACGAAAGAGGUGGAGGUCGACUAUUUGAUGCAGAGACUAAAGACUGCGGAGGAAUGAUCUUCUGUGCCGAGGAGCAUCAGGUGACGGAAUUGGUCUGGCCAGAGAGAGAAAGAGAGAAAAAUCCAAGGCGCCACAGUACGGUCGUGGCGUUCAUGUCAAGAUAGACAGCGACCUUUGAAAAAAUCACAGAUACGCACGAGACAGGUUCUGUCACUAACUUGGGCGCAUGGGAUUAGAUAGUCUGGCAAUACCCACCUUCUUGCUCAUGGG